AUGCAAAGAAACGCUGUCUGGAAGAGUAUGGACUUCUUCCUGACGGCCAAGCACCGCGCGAUGCUGAAGGAGGAGUACGGCGUCGAGUCGUGGCACUUUGAGCAGCACCAGGACGAGGCCGUCUUCAUCCCAGCCGGCUGCCCCCACCAGGUGCGCAACCUGAAGUCGUGCAUCAAGGUGGCAAUCGACUUUGUGAGCCCGGAGAGCGCGUCGCAGUGCCUGGAGCUGACGCAGGAGCGCCGCCAGCUCACCCUGCGCGAAAACCAGCUGCUGUCCGCCGCCGGCCAGGAGCCGGACGCCCCCAUCGACCGCCGCCACAGCGACAAGCUGCAGGCCGAGCUCAUGAUUGCACGCGCGGCUGCCGCCUCCCUCGCGCAGCUGCGCUGA